UUUCUGUUUCCCUUUGGAUCGAAAACAACGUCAAACCUAUAGCGAUGGCACCGAAAACCAGUGGAAAGGCCGCGAAGAAAUCCGGCAAGGCCCAGAAGAACAUUGUCAAGGGCGACAAGAAGAAGAAGAAGCAGCGCAGGAAGGAGAGCUAUGCCAUCUACAUCUACAAGGUGUUGAAGCAAGUCCAUCCCGACACUGGCGUUUCUUCAAAGGCUAUGAGCAUCAUGAACAGCUUCGUCAACGACAUCUUUGAACGUAUUGCCGCCGAAGCCUCCCGUCUUGCUCACUACAACAAGCGCUCGACAAUCACUUCCCGCGAAAUUCAAACCGCCGUCCGUCUUCUGCUUCCAGGAGAAUUGGCUAAGCAUGCUGUUUCGAAGGCACCAAGGCCGUCACCCAAGUACACCAGCUCCAAGUAA